AUGACUUCCACACCGAGCAUAUCCAGCCUCUCCGAGAGCGCCACCGACAAGGGCACCGCCCAUCAGCAAGUUGAAGCAACCCCUCGGACCCUCCUCCGCUGGCGCCCCCUCCCGGCCCCCGUCACCGAGGCCGCGUCCGCAGCCGCACUCCUCGAGACCCACGACAGCCCCGUCCCCUGCCGACGCUGCCAACACGACAGCCGCGCCGGCGACGCUAUGCUCCUGCUGUCCUACGACCCAUUCCUCGGCUCCAGCCCCUACCGGGGCGCGUCGCCUAUCUACCUGCACCCGCGCUGCCAGUCGGUGGGUGCGGAAGACGUGGGCCAGCUGCUGCUCGACCGGCAGCGCGCGAGGCUGUUGUCGGUGCGCGCCUUCGACGGCCGCCAUAUGAUGGUCGACGCGGACGUGGUGGACGGGGGCGUGCUGCUCGAGACGUGCGGGCGCAUGCUGGCCUUGGGGAAGCCGGCCGAGUACUGUUAUGUGCAUAAGACUAUGCAUGGUUGCUUUGCUGUGCGGGUUGAGAGGGGAGGUCGGGCGGACUGA